UGAGCGCGGCGCCGGGGCCCGGCAGCCAGCGAGGGAGCGCGCGAGUCGGAGCCUGCCGAGCGGAGCGGGGGAGGCGGAUCCCGAGAGGAGCGGCGGCAGCAGGAGCUCCCCAGCGCGCCCUUCCCUCGGCCCAACGGCGGCUGGGAGACAAAGGAGGCGAGGAGGAAGGAGGGGAGCCGCCAGCCGGCCCGGGCUGGGCGCGAUGCGGCGCGGGGCCGACUCAGGAAAGCAGCCAGGCGGCGGCGCGGCCCGCUCGGCGUGGCGGCACGGAUAGGACGAGCGAGAGGAGGAGGCGCCACAGGCCGGCCGCGCUUUCUUCGCUUGGCGAUGUGAGGCCCGAGCCGGUGGCCGAGAGAGCGAGCGAGCGCGCUUCUUCUCCUCCCCCUUCUCCGGCUGCCCCUGUGCGGCGGAGGCUGGGUCGGGCGGCGUUGGCAGCGGCGGGGCCCCGGCGGGAGCGGCGGUGGCCGGGCCCGGGUGGCCGCGCAGAGUCCAGCCGGGCCCGGGCGAUGGAGACGCACAUCUCGUGCCUGUUCCCGGAGCUGCUGGCCAUGAUCUUCGGCUACCUGGAGGUGCGGGACAAGGGCCGAGUGGCGCAGGUGUGCACCGCCUGGCGCGACGCCGCCUACCACCGCUCGGUGUGGCGGGGCGUGGAGGCCAAGCUGCACCUGCGGCGCGCCAACCCCUCGCUCUUCCCCAGCCUGGCGGCCCGCGGCAUCCGGCGAGUGCAGAUCCUGUCGCUGCGCCGCAGCCUCAGCUACGUGAUCCAGGGCAUGGCCGAGAUCGAGAGCCUCAACCUGAGCGGCUGCUACAACCUCACCGACAACGGGCUGGGCCACGCCUUCGUGGCUGAGAUCGGCUCGCUGCGGGCGCUCAACUUGAGCCUGUGCAAGCAGAUCACCGACAGCAGCCUGGGCCGCAUCGCCCAGUACCUCAAGGGCCUGGAGGUGCUGGAGCUGGGCGGCUGCAGCAACAUCACCAAUACGGGCCUCUUGCUCAUUGCCUGGGGCCUGCAGCGCCUCAAGAGCCUCAACUUGCGCUCCUGCCGACACCUCUCUGACGUGGGUAUCGGGCACCUGGCCGGCAUGACGCGCAGCGCUGCGGAGGGCUGCCUGGGCUUGGAGCAGCUCACCUUGCAGGAUUGCCAGAAGCUCAGCGACCUCUCGCUCAAGCAUCUGGCCCGAGGACUCACUCGCCUGCGCCAGCUCAACCUCAGUUUUUGCGGGGGGAUCUCUGAUGCAGGGCUGCUGUACCUGUCGCACAUGAGCAGCCUGCGCACACUCAACUUGCGCUCCUGUGACAACAUCAGUGACACGGGCAUCAUGCACCUGGCAAUGGGCAGCCUGCGCCUUUCUGGCUUGGAUGUCUCUUUCUGUGACAAAGUGGGAGACCAGAGCUUGGCCUAUAUUGCACAGGGCCUGGAUGGGUUGCGCUCGCUCUCCCUUUGCUCCUGCCACAUUAGCGAUGAGGGCAUCAACCGCAUGGUGCGCCAAAUGCACGGACUGCGCACCCUCAACAUUGGCCAGUGUGUUCGUAUCACCGACAAAGGCUUGGAGCUCAUUGCCGAGCACCUCAGUCAGCUGACUGGUAUUGACCUCUAUGGCUGCACCCGCAUCACAAAACGGGGCCUGGAGCGCAUCACUCAACUUCCCUGCCUCAAGGUGCUCAACUUAGGACUCUGGCAAAUGACUGAGAGCGAGAAGGUCAGGUGAGAGGAGGGGACAGCCCGGAGACCCCCACCCCUCCGGAAGGACUUGCUGACUGACUGCUGCAGUGGAGGAGAAAGGGGGGGAUACACCUCCAGCACUGGAGGGAGGGAGGGGAAAGUAUCCUCAGUACUUGCUUGCCUGCCUGCCCCCACCUGCCCCAGCAGUGGAGGUGGGAAAGAGGGAAACCCACCAUUCUUUCAUAAUUCCCUCCUGCACUGGAGGGAGACAACUGCACUCUAUAUCAGCCUUCACUGUGGAUGGAUACAGUAUCACUGCCCUUACCUUUUCUAUUGGGAAUGCAGCUUCUCAAUCUUUUAUGCACUGGGGAUGAAUACAACCCCUUCCUCCAAAUCUGAUUCCACCCCCCCUCUGCACUAGGGAUGGAAGAAGAAAGCUUAACUUAGCCCAUUAUUGUUUUAACUCCCCACCUGCUCUUUAUUGGGCAAGCACAUAAGUCUCUCUCUUUACCCUUUACCAUUAUGCUUGUACACCAGCUCCCAGUAUGCUUUUUGUAGUCAGCCACCCCACAACAUAUGUAGUACAUAGACAGCCUGUAGAUAUCGUUCUACCUCUCUUCAUUGUCUCCCAGGUACUGGGUCAGAAAUAUAGUCCAUCUCCCUGUUCCGGAGGCUAGAAAGGUAUGCCCUUUACACUUUCCUCUCCUGGAGCAGACAGUGUUUCUUUGACACUGCGCUGUAAUUGGAGCAUCAACUGAAAUGCAGUCAUUCUGCUCACAGUUGUUUGGGAAGGGCAGUUCGGGCAUCAAACUACAGUUUUUUUUCCUUCUGCUCCAUUUUAUGCUGUAUCCAACAUACUCUAUCACCAUCUUUACUGUUAAUUAAGAAUAAUUUAAACCCCUGCAGAGGUCACCUUUUACAAAGUGUUAGUAUCUUCCCCUGCCUUCCCGCCUCCUUUUCUCCCAUCUUUUUUUUCUUUGUAGUUUGGAUAAAAUAUAUUCAGCCACAUCUCUUUUCCCUUUGGAAGAUGGGGGAGGGGCGGGAGGAUAGGAACAAUUGAGUCUUCAGUUGUAUUUUCAUUUGAGAAACUGUGACCUGGUUUUUAUUUAGAAAUACAUAACAAAAAAACUUACUACAAAGCACUCUUCUCUUACCCUUUCUUAAACUUGACUGAUUUCACCUUUUAAAAAUUCAUUUUCCUCUCUUUGGUGUUCAUUUUCUUACAUGGUAUAAUUUUGAAAGACAUUUGAAGUGGCUGUUCUUGUGGAUUUUUAAGUACACUUUUUCUGCUGAAUAUAUUCUCUCUAUAUAAAUGUUUGGCUACCUCGUUUUUUUUUGUCCCCUCCCACCAAUUUUUUUUCAAGAAAGAUGCUGAGACUGAAAUACUUUUGUGCCUAGACUGGAAAGAUAUCCCUUGGGUUUGUGAUUGGGGGUGGGCGGGAAGGGGGGAGGAGAAAGGAUGGUUCCCCUGGGUGUCCCACCUACACUAUCUUUGUGCCUCUCCCUCCCCAACAGUGCUUUUGCAUUUUGCUCUUGUAGCACAAACAAGUGUAGUGUGAACAUCCAAACUGGUUAUUGGGUUUAUGUUUAAAAGAAAUGUGAAAUGGAAACUCAGUUUCUUAAUUAUAUAUGCAAAUUCCCACCUACCCUGCUCAAAUUACCUAGGUCAAGUAUGGAGCUUCCUGUAUGGAAGCAGAAAGAGGCGCAGAACAGACAGACUUGCGGUUGUAACAUGAAUAGGAAAAGUCAAUUUCAUCUGUGUGUGUUUCUGUUCUGUCAUUAAAAUAAAGCUAGUUCUUGACUACUUGUCUUUAAAAGGAGGAAGAUGACAGUGUUGAAGAAAACACUGAUGAUGGGGGAAGAAGUGGUGGUUGUUCAGAAUUUCAAAUCCUCCACAGUUGCAGGCCAAGGAAUUUAGACAAGCUCAGACACAUACUCCAUCAUGGAUUAAAUGUACUGUUUGUGAAUUUGUAUAAAAAUAAAGAUCCUCUUAAAACAUUUUAUAUUCUUACAGUAAAAGGUUAAACUGAUAUUUAUAUAAUAAAAGAGGAAAU